ACGGUUCCCUUCGGCUGCUGACCGGGGGAGCCCACCCGCGGAGCCACCAUGAAUUCGGUGGCCGGGAGCAAGGACAGGGUCGCGGUCACGGCGCGGAGCAGAAAAUACGGGGUGACCGAGCCCUGCUCGCCCACCAAGCCCGCCGCGCCCUUCUCCCCCGAGAGCUGGUACCGCAAGGCUUACGAGGAGUCCCGCGCCGGGAGUCGCCCGGUCCCGGAGGGAGCCGGCUCGGCGCUCGGCUCCUCCGGCACCCCGUCCCCCGGCUCCGGCACCUCCUCGCCGGGCUCCUUCAGUGGCUCCCCUGGGCCAGCCUCGCCCGGCAUCGGCACCAGCUCCCCCGGCUCUCUGGGCGGCUCGCCGGGCUUCGGCACCGGCUCGCCGGGUUCCGGUAGCGGCGGCGGCUCCUCGCCGGGCUCCGACCGCGGCGUCUGGUGCGAGCACUGCAACGCCCGCCUGGCGGAGCUGAAGAGGCAGGCGCUGAAGCUGCUCAUCCCCGGGCCCGUCAGCAGCAAGGACCCAGGAUUCUCUUCAGUGAUUCACGACAAACUCCAAGUUCCCAAUACUAUUCGGAAGGCAUGGAAUGAGAAGGACAACAGAUGCGACGUUUGUGCCACACACUUGAACCAGCUGAAGCAAGAGGCCAUUCAGAUGGUGCUGACCUUAGAGCAGGCUGCCAACUCAGAACAUUACGAUGCCUCUCCAGGAUCACCCCCACCCCUCUCUAAUAUUCCCACACUAGUCAGCUCCCGGCACGUGGGCAGCUUACAGCCCAGGGACUGGGCAUACAUGCCUGCACCUUAUGCUACAUCUAAUUAUACAGGCUUUGUUGCCAACAAACACAGUGGAAAACCCAACAGUCUAGGAAUUGUUAAUGGGGUGGAGAAGAAAAAUGGCUCUCCUGGACACCAAGCCAAGGUCAGCUUUCAAAUGGCCACCAGCCCCAGCAAUGGUAACGUUCUCAAUUCUGUGGCUAUCCAAGCUCAUCAAUACCUCGAUGGCACUUGGUCUUUGUCAAGAACGAAUGGCGUUACUCUAUAUCCCUACCAAAUAUCUCAGCUUAUGACAGAGACUAGUCGAGAGGGCCUGACUGAAGCAGCAUUGAACCGCUACAAUGCAGAUAAACCCUCCUUGUACAGCUUCCCUGCUUCCCAGAGCACAUAUGUUGCUGCUGAUGUAUCCACAGGCACCUCGGUGGCAGCAUCUUUUUUUGCCAGAGCCGCUCAGAAAUUGAACCUGUCCUCCAAAAAGAAGAAGCACAGGCCUUCUGCAUCAUCUGUUCCUGAGUCUCCUCUCUUCACUACCAGCUUCAGCAGUAUCCUUCAGGCUUCCCCACCCCCUGCACCACCUUGUUUGUUGAGAGCAGUCAGCAAAGUGAAAGACACCCCUGGUGUGGGCAAGGUCAAAGUCAUGGUGCGCAUUUCUUCCACGCUUGCCAGAGACACAUCUGAGUCCAGCUCUUUCCUAAAAGUUGACCCCCGUAAGAAGCAAAUCACGCUCUACGACCCAGUAACCUGUGGAGGUCAGAAUGCUUUCCAGAAAAGGGGCAACCAGGUUCCACCCAAGAUGUUUGCUUUUGAUGCAGUUUUUCCCCAAGAUGCAUCACAGGCUGAAGUAUGUGCUGGGACUGUGGCUGAGGUGAUCCAGUCAGUGGUCAACGGUGCAGAUGGCUGCGUGUUCUGCUUUGGCCAUGCCAAACUUGGGAAGUCGUACACCAUGAUUGGCAAGGAUGAUUCCAUGCAAAACCUCGGCAUAAUCCCUUGUGCCAUCUCCUGGCUCUUCAAGUUGAUUAACGAACGCAAAGAGAAGACUGGAGCACGCUUCUCAGUCCGAAUUUCUGCAGUGGAAGUGUGGGGGAAAGAAGAAAAUCUUAGAGACCUGCUUUCUGAAGUGGCUACAGGAAGCCUGCAGGAUGGCCAGUCCCCAGGUGUCUACCUUUGUGAGGACCCCAUCUGUGGCAUGCAGCUCCAGAACCAGAGCGAGCUCCGUGCUCCUACAGCAGAGAAGGCCGCCUUCUUCCUGGAUGCCGCUAUCGCCUCGCGGCGUGGCAGCCAGCGGGACUGCGACGAGGAGGAUCACCGCAACUCCCACAUGCUCUUCACCCUGCACAUCUACCAGUACCGCAUGGAGAAGAGCGGCAAAGGCGGAAUGUCUGGAGGUCGCAGCCGCUUGCACCUUAUUGACCUGGGGAGCUGUGUGAAAGUGCUCAGCAAAAACCGGGAGGGAAGCUCUGGCCUCUGUCUCUCGUUGUCAGCUCUGGGCAAUGUCAUCCUUGCCCUCGUCAAUGGAAGCAAACAUAUCCCGUACAAAGACAGCAAGCUCACCAUGUUGCUUCGAGAGUCCCUGGGGAAUAUGAACUGCCGCACCACAAUGAUAGCUCACAUUUCAGCCACUGCGGGGAACUACGCUGAGACGCUGUCCACCAUCCAGAUUGCAUCCAGAGUCCUCAGGAUGAAGAAAAAGAAAACUAAGUACACAUCGAGUUCUUCUGGAGGAGAGAGCUCUUGUGAGGAGGGUAGGAUGCGUCGGCCGACCCAGCUGAGGCCCUUCCAUUCUAGAAACACCGUUGACCCAGACUUUCCUAUUUUGCAUUUAUCAAGUGAUCCUGAUUAUUCAUCCAGCAGUGAGCAGUCCUGUGACACAGUGAUUUAUGUUGGCCCCAAUGGCACUGCACUUUCUGAUAAGGAGCUGACAGAUAAUGAAGGUCCUCCUGACUUUGUUCCUAUAGUUCCUGCACUGCAGAAGACCAAAAAUGAGGGCAGGAUGGAGGAAGGUAGUGAAUCGGGGCCCAGCACAUCUGAAAGAGAUUGCCUGAAGUGCAACACCUUUGCAGAGCUCCAGGAGAGGCUGGAUUGUAUAGAUGGCAGUGAAGAGACUAACAAAUUUCCCUUUGAAGAGAUGCCUGCUCAGUUUAGCUCAGACCAGAUGUCUAAGUGCUCUGUCUCAAGCCAACUCGCAGAGCUUAGUCACUUACCAGAGUCAGAUAAGGAAGAUACAAUGCCAGAAUGUCAGCAUCCUGAUAGAGAAGCCAAGGAAAAUAUAAAUGCAACCCCCAGCAAAACUAAGAGAAAUCACUCCCCCAUUCCUUCUGGAGCUCUUACUAAUAUUUCUACCCCUCCUUCUCCCAGGAGCGUGACAGGCAGCUCUAGUAAAGAGCUUAGCUCUUGCCAGUUAGCACACAGCACCAGCUUGCAGAGCAGCAGAGAAGGUCUCAACACCUGUGGCUUUGUGGAAGGGAAACCAAGGCCAAUGGGUUCACCCCGGCUUGGCAUUGCGAGCCUCUCCAAGACAUCUGAGUACAAGCCACCAACUUCUCCUUCCCAGAGGUGCAAAGUCUAUACACAGAAAGGAGUUCUUCCCAGCACCACACCCCCACCAGCUUCCCUGAGUAAGGACAAUGAGAUGACAUCUACUGAAUCUUUGUUACAGCCAGAAAUACGGACUCCACCUGCAGGAAUGAGCCCUCAGAUCAUGAAGAAGUCAGUGUCUUCCAGCAAUGGGGAUUUUGAAGAGACCAUUCUCAAUGAAGACCAGCAACAAAACCAUUCUCCUGAAUCCAAGAAGGAGAUUCUAAGCACUACUAUGGUGACUGUGCAGCAGCCACUGGAACUGAAUGGGGAGGACGAGCUGGUGUUCACCCUUGUAGAAGAGCUAACCAUUAGUGGGGUCCUUGACAAUGGGCGCCCAACCAGUAUCAUCAGUUUUAACAGUGACUGCUCUGUGCAGGCUUUGGCCUCUGGGUCUAGGCCAGUCAGUAUUAUCAGCAGCAUGUCUGAAGAUCUUGAAUGUUACUCCAGUGCAGCUCCUGUGUCUGAGGUCAGCAUCACACAGUUCCUUCCACUUCCAAAGCUGGGCCUGGAUGACAAGUCCCAGGAUGAUGGCAGCAGACGCUCAUCUAUCAGCUCAUGGUUGAGUGAAAUGAGCACAGGGAGUGACGGUGAGCAGUCAUGCCAUAGUUUCAUUGCCCAGGCAUGCUAUGGGCAUGGAGAAGCAAUGGCAGAACCUCCUGUCUCUGACUUUGCAAGCACCAUACAAAGUGCCAGCAUGAUUUGUGUAGGUGACAAACAGAAGCCAGUAACCGACAACAUGCUUAUAUUGUCAGAAAUGGGGGAACAAGCUUUCAGCAAAGUGCCACCCAUCAAAGGCUGUAAAAUAUCAGCUUUAGGGAAAACUACUGUCACAAUUAAAAACACUGCUAGCCUCAACAGCUGUGAGGGCUACUUCCCAAUGAAGACAAACAUUACUGUUUAUCCAUGUAUUGCUGUUAAUUCCUUCAAAGCACAAGACACUGAUGAUGCUGUAUCGGUAAAUGCAGACCCAAAGGUUGCUCAUCCCCAUGAGGGGAAAGAACCCAAUGCUAAAAAAGAUAUCAAAUUUGAAGAUCCUUGGCUGAAGAGACAAGACGAUGUAAAAAAUGACAGCUCUGGGAGCAGUGAUGGGUUGAGUUCUGACAUGACCACGAUUUCAACCAAAUCUGAGCAGAGCACAAAGCAGUCUCCAGCAGACAGGUUUAGCAGCAGCAGCAGCAGUGGGGAUGCCUCUGUCUCCCCAGGAUGUGAUAGUCUGAAGAGAAUUGUGGAUGGGUGUGAGAUGGCAGCGUCUGGCUCUGCAACCCAGAGUCCCAUUCAUUCCAGUGAUGGCUUGAAGGGUGGCAGCCUCCCUCGAGGGCUGCCUCCAAAGGCAAGCAAGCCAGAGGAGUCCGAUAGUCACUUCCAUUCUGCUGCCUCUGACAGCAAUGGAGUUGUUUCUCCUGCCCACACCCAAUUUUCGAAGGCCAGUCUAGACAAAAAAGUGGCCUCUCCCAAACAUUGUGUCCUCACUCGCCCCAAAGGGACACCUCCUCUGCCUCCAGUGAGAAAGUCAAGUUUGGAUCAAAAGAACAGAGCCAGCCCCCAGCACAGUGCUACCAGCAGCACCACCAGCAGUCCCUCUGGCCAGUCCGUGCCUUUCCAGGCCAGCUUCCCCGAGGAGCUGAAUGCCAAACCAAAAGGCCCUGGCAUUGACAACAGCAGCAACAACAGCAGCAGCAAGCUGUUCAGUGCCAAGCUGGAGCAGCUUGCGAGCAGGACCAACUCCCUUGGAAGGUCCACAGGAAGUCACUAUGAGUGUCUGUCACUGGAGAGAGCAGAAAGCCUGUCCUCCGUGAACUCCAAAAUGAACCCUAGCAAAGACACCACCAUGCCUAGGACUGGAAGGAGUGUCAGCCGCAGUGUCAUGUCCUCACCAACCAACUCAGCUCUCUCCCAGUCUGCAGGAGCAUCACCAAAAGCUGGACAGUCAAAGAUCUCAGCAGUCAGCAAGCUCCUGUUGGCAAGUCCCAAGGCCCGAAGCCUGUCUGCCUCUGCUACCAAAACACUCAGCUUUUCGACCAAGUCUCUGCCUCAGUCUGUUGGGCAGAGUUCCAGUCUGCCUCCAAGUGGGAAGAAUAUGUCCUGGUCAACACAGUCCCUCAGCAGAAAUCGAGGCUCUAGCCUGGCUUCUAAAUUGCCUCUUCGGGCUGUCAAUGGACGGAUUUCAGAGCUGCUCCAAGGCAGUGCCAGCUCCAGAGGCUUGCAGCUUCGAGGAAACAUGGAAGCAGAUGAGCGCGGUGGCCUUCAUGGAGAGGAGAAGCCAGCAGUUCAUGUGCUGCCAUCUCCUUACAGCAAGAUCACUCCUCCCCGGAAGCCUCAUCGCUGCAGCAGUGGUCAUGGGAGCGACAACAGCAGUGUCCUGAGUGGGGAGCUGCCCCCCGCCAUGGGGAAGACUGCCCUGUUCUACCACAGCGGAGGCAGCAGCGGCUAUGAGAGCAUGAUGAGGGACAGCGAGGCAACAGGGAGCGCCUCUUCUGCACAAGAUUCCAUGAGCGAGAACAGCAGCUCAGCCAGCGGCAGGUGCCGGAGUCUCAAAACACCGAAGAAACGAUCAACCACAGGCUCCCAGAGACGGAGGCUGAUUCCAGCUUUAUCACUUGACACCGCUUCUCCAGCAAGGAAGCCUGCCAACAGCCCUGGGGUCCGCUGGGUGGAUGGGCCCCUGCGAAGUGCACAGAGGGGGCUGGGGGAGCCCUUUGAGAUCAAAGUCUAUGAGAUAGAUGAUGUGGAGAGACUCCAGCGGCGACGAGGUGGAGACAGCAAGGAAGUGAUAUGUUUUAAUGCCAAGCUGAAAAUCCUGGAGCAUCGCCAGCAGAGAAUUGCUGAGGUCAAGGCCAAGUACGAGUGGUUAAUGAGAGAACUGGAGGUGACCAAACAGUACCUGAUGCUGGAUCCUAACAAAUGGCUCAGCGAAUUUGAUCUGGAGCAGGUAUUUGAGCUGGAUUCUCUGGAGUACCUGGAAGCCCUGGAGUGUGUGACUGAACGUUUGGAAAACCGUGUCAACUUCUGCAAGGCUCAUCUCAUGAUGAUCACCUGUUUUGACAUCACCUCCAGACGCAGAUAAACAGCGAAUCUCAAGAGAAUUUCAAUGCACAUCUCUGCCAUCCUCCUUUUCCCUUCUGAAUAGCAUCCCAAAGACAGCAGAAUGAGGAUGAAGGUUGGAGUCAAGUCUCAACUGUGUGUAUGAGAGAUUUGCUUUACUAUAGAAGAGUAAUAUUAAAAAAUAACAGGACACGCAUGAAAAAAUGGAGAUAGAAGGAUGUUGAUUCUCUUAGCCUAAAAGAGCACUUUGAGGAACCCUUAAGGACAUGUCUGUAAAUAAGAACUGCUGGCAGAAGAGACUUCUUUCCCUGCAUUAGCUGAGGGAGGAGGAAAGGUGGUUGUAGGACUUCCACUUGAGAGGUUCAUUAGAAGAAAUCCUAUCUAGAAAGACUGUUCAAGUGCCUUGCAAAUCUUUAUUAUCCAAACAUUUAUGUUCAUACUUUCUUGUGUACAGAUGGUGCUAGUCAAAAGAUGAAAAAGGAAAAAAACAAAACACUUUUGAAAUGUACUUACAGCUUGUUUUUCUCUUGGUGUUUUCUCCUGUUUCAGACUUGCUGUUUCUAAGUAACUUGUGUUUGUAGAGAUAUUUCCUAAUCAGUACAACAUAUGAAUAAAUGUUAACUGUCUUUUAUUGUUAACAGAGUAAGGCCACUCAAAGAGAAAUUUAGCUUCCCAGAUGACACAUGAAUAUUUCUAACAAUGAGCAAGGUUUGCUUAUAUGUUCUUCUGUACAAUCUUAAGCGUUAGAGGGCACAGUAAUUUUCCCAACUUACAGGUUCUGCAGUAUGUGAGGGAGGAGAGGUGACAUUACGGUGAAGUAUCUUUUCCAUUUGAAUUAACCUCCCCCUUUAUUUUUCAUGUCCUUUUAGCUUUUUACUGGCUAGAGCUAUGGAUGAGGAGGUAUUUUUAUCCCAAUCCCUUUUCCUGGGACUAAUAACUCAAUGGACAACUACUUUUCAGGGGAGGGCUCUCAUACUUAUAAGUCCAAAAAUGAAUGAUUUCUUUUGUCCUUUCUUGAUUCCAUGACUGAUAAAAAUUUAACUUUGCCUUCUUCAUGUCCCUGGUCCAGACAUACCUGAAAAGUGCUGCAAUGUGCAGUCUCUGUUCAGCUCAGCUAGUCCACAAAUAAGCAGGAGUCAUGAGUAAGCAGAUCUAGUAAGUAAUUCAGGCAUACUGAUUAUGAUGUUUUCCUAAUCAGCACUCCCUUAUUUCAACUAUGACUAAAGUCACAUAGACAUCAAUGGAUGACAUCAUCUAGUGGGUGGCAAUCCUGCUCAUGGCAGGGGGUUGUAACUGCAUGAUCUUUAAGGUCCUUUCCAACCCAAACCAUUCUGUGAUUCUGUGAUUAAAAGAAUGAGGGUCUGGGCCUCACUGCAUAACCGGAUAUUCUACUUGUUUGCAUCUUUAUCUAUAAAACAGUAUGUGGGGAAGAACAUCCUUUGUGUUACUUAAAAAAGUGUGUGAAAUUUGCAUGUUAAUUAUGUAUGAGCAUAAAGAAUUUUUUCUUGUAUAGGUUUCUUCUUCUUUUAUAUUGAAAUAAUUCCUUUCACAAAACAAUCCUCUCACAUACCCUUGUCUGACCUUCCUGUUGGUUAUCAGAAAGUAAGAUCAGCAUUUGGCAUAUACUCAGUAUGCAUCACUUCAUCAGUUUACUGUUCCUACAUGUAGCUCUUUCUUUACCUGCUUCAUCAUACUAAUGCCAUUUUACAAUAUGCCAAGCACCAUUUCCUGGUGGACAAAAAAAAUCCACAAAAAUACUGAUAGCUUUUACUACUGGUUACCUUAAAAACAAACAAACAAACAAACAAAAAAAAUUUAUAUAUUUUCUUCAAAUUCUCUAUAACGUAUAUUAACAAAUCUUAUUCAUUCUAUGAGCUUUAUCACUGUGUUUUGUAGAAAAUCCUUCCUACAUUUCAUAGGCUUAUUUGGGAGUGAAAAAAGGUCAUACAUGAAAGUUCUUUCCUGUUCUAUUCCACAGCGUUUUUUUAUUUGGUCUGAUCUCUCUCCUUUUCUCCAAACAAAAAGAAAAAAAAAAAAAAAAAGUGCAAUUUUCUCUGGUUUGUUUCUCUUUGUAAUGAUUUUAGUGGUGCUUGUUAUGGGGGGUUUUGUUGGGGCAUCUCUACUGCAUAGAUCUCCAUGAUUUCAGUACAGUUCUACCAAGCAAUGGCAAUUGCCUCUGCAGUUCUGUGCUGGGUGAAGAUCUACUACCUUUGGGAUAUGGAGUAUGUCUUCUUUUGUGGAUUCAGUCUUGCAGAGUCCCAGAAUUAUGCUGUCAGGCUACAUACACAGGAAAUAGGCUUUCCCAGCUGCUCCCAUCUCUCACUCACCUGUGUCCACAAGUAGCCCUGUAGGCUUCCCAGGUUGUCACUUGUGUUUGUUUUACUUCAAUUUCCCUCCCUAGUCACUCCUCCACAUUAGAUUCCCUACCUCAGUCAUGCAGAAGGAAAUUACGUGGGUGUUGCGUGCACUGGGGUGCUCCUGUGAGAUGAUAAAUGGCAAGUGGUGCAGGUAAAGUGAACAGAUACUUGACAAAGAAGCAUAAUAGAAAUGGUGUCUACCUAGCCAUUAUUUUAAAUAUUAAUAGUACACGUUUGCCCUUAUUGUCAGGAUGGAUCAAAAUUUCUCCCUGAAACCAAAUGGAUUACACCAAGGAUGAAUUUGGCAUACUGAAAAUUAUGUAGUGACUGAGCAGAAUCACACUCCUCACAAAUAUUUCAUUUCUGAGGACUUAAUUAUAAUGGCCAUUAACACUUCUGUCACAUUUGUAUCCUAAAAUCAAUAGUCAUCUCUUCUUUUUUGACUUUCUGUCACUGCAUUUCAAAAUUUAUGACUAUAUUUUUGAGAAUUGUGGUGGCUUUAGAAUUUCUUUUAUUGUACUUAAAAUACCUGCAAAACAGAUAAUUGAAAACAUCAUGACCUUACUAAAAUUGCUGUUAUUUUAUAGUAGCCAGCAUUUUACAGAAGACCCAUACGCUCCUACAAGUCACCCGGGAAGUCCCAUUCUUUUAGCAAUUGCCAGUAUAACGCUGCUUUUUUCCUGAUUUCUUUAAAAGUCUCAAUUUACCCAAAAUAUACAAGAGCAAUGUGAACAGAGUCCUUAAUUGUUUGCAUAUUUAGAAAUCAAUCUUAUUUCCCUGGAACAGCUUUAGUGGGAAACAGCAAUGUUAAUGCAAUUAGAAGUGAAGGUUAAAUCUUUGUUCCCUCGUGUAACAGAGGACCACGUAUCCUUAUUAUCAUGUUCUGUAACGGCUGUAGAGCAGCAGCCAUUAGUCUGCAUUACCAUAGCUAUGUUCAGACCUACUGCUUGAGUAGUCUGGGCCUGACUGUGAAAGCUUUUCAUCUUAAUGUGCUUGAAUGUUAUUUCUACAAGGGGCAGAACUUGUUCUGAGACAACAGAUUCAGUUGAGACCCUAGAUUUGGGAGUUUGGCUGCAAUCUGAAUUCACCCAUUGGUGAAUUCAGCCUGCAGUGCUGGGAGUAGGCAGAAAGCCUGGGUCAUUCACCAGCUCUGCUUCCCUUCAGGGUGUAGAAGAACCCUAAUUCCUACUGUCAUAGUUAUCUGUGACUUUUCUCCCACCAUCCAUGCCUUGUAUUUGCUACAGAAUGCCUUAUUGUCAAUUCAUUCAGACCUCAGCAAUUAGAAGUAUUAUUUCACAGAAAGACAGGCACCAAACUGAUACCCAAGCUGUCCUUUCUUUGCUCUUUAUUAGAGCUGAAUGCUCACAGGAUAGACUUAGUCCUUUUUAAAAAAAAAUAAUUCUUUUUCAUUUAUCUCAAUAAUGUGGUUUAUCUUAACAUAGUAUUAUUAUCCAUAGCACAAGAUUCAGAUUUUAUGACAGCUGAAGGAAUUAGACUUUCUGACAAAUACUGCCUUUUACAAACAUUUGUGGCUUUUUUUUUUUCGUGAUCUAAAACUAAUGAUAAAACCAAAGGGCAGGGCAGUAUAUACAUACAAAGAAAUGCAUAUGAGCAUAGCCUGAGGGAGAAACCCUACACACAUUACUGCCAGGAGAUUGCUUAACUGUUCACAAAUGGUAACAACACUGCUCCUCCGCUCCUCCAAGGUUUACCUUUAAAACCUUUCUCCUAUCACUCACCAAGAUGAAGUUGACUUAUUCCACACUACAGGGAAAACUUAUGCUUGAAACACUUUUAAAGGCUUCCUUCAAAGGGCCUUUAUUCUUGCUGUUCUUCAGCCUAUAAAGCUAGGUUACUGCAGUUCCCACACAGAGGCUGUCAUUGACAUGUUAAGGUCUGUCAAAGUAAUCCAAAAGAAUCACUCUGUAUUUCAGAGCGUCACAAGUUGAAGGCAAGAUAUCUCACAAUCACCGCUGCUAAAUACAACAAUUUGUGCUUUACCAUGGUGCAUAUACCCUGGUCACGUCAACUGAAAGCCAGGCCUCUUAGCCCCAUAUGAGAUAAAGCUGCUGUCAAGUCCUCAUUGUUCUAAAAAUUGUAACGUGUAAGUUUCUGUGUUGCAGAUGACUGCCCAUAGCAAAUACUCUCAUAAACCAGAGGUGGAGCAACCCCCUGCUGCCCAGUCCUAUGGGAGAAUGGUCACACAGUAUCAGGGAUGCAUCAACUCACAUCAGAGAUCAAAGAAUUUAUACCACUGCAUAACGAUAGGAGUAAGAGAUUUCUCAAAACCAUGGAUAGAUGACAUACUUUGCCUAAUCCUGAUGUCCUUCUAGCCCUUAUUUUGUUACUCCAUAGCCUUUUGUGUUGGCAACACCCAGCACUUUUUGGAGACACAAGGCUGGAUGUUGCUAGCUAUUACAAGAUUUGAAAUAGGUUUUCAAAUAACUAUGGCAAACAAAACUGUGAAUGAUUUGUCAAUGCAGAGGUAAUAAUCUCUAGCUCUUGCAUUUAUUAUGUGCUCAUCACAGGGUUAUCUAAACCUCCAUACCUGCUCUUGGAAGUUAUAAACCAUUUUAUUAUUGGCUUUAUCUUUUCUCCUUUUCAAGCAACUUAAAAAAAAAAAAAAAAAAAAAAAGAAAAAUAAUCAUUUUCCCUUGAAAA